GGGUUCAUGAAAAAAGGCGAAUGGGAAAAGAGUUGCGCGAAGUGGGUGUGGUUUACUAUUUUCUUCCCUCACAGCGAGCCAAUAAAGCAGCGGUGUAGGCGGAGUUUUGUCUUCUUGCCCAAUCCAGUCUGCGCUCGGGCAGCAGUGGGUUGAGUUGCGGUUGGCCUAUGGGGGAGGGAUUGGUUGCGUCGAGUCUGUCAGGCUGAGGUGGGAUAAACACACACUCGAGCUGCGCCUGCUGGAGAAGAAAGAAGUCGAGGGUGGCGAGGCUGAGAGAAGGGAAGAUAGGCCAGGCUUGGGGCCGCAAGGACGGCAGCACGAAGCGAGCCAGUAGCCCAACACAAGCCAACGAAGACGUAAGAUGGCGGCUGCUGCCCAGGUGUGCGAGAACAUCCAGAUGCUGCUGGAAGCAGCCGAGUUCCUGGAGCGACGGGAGCGAGAAGCUGAGCAUGGAUAUGCUUCCAUGUUACCCUACAACAGCAAGGACAGAGAUGCCUUAAAACGAAGGAACAAGUCCAAGAAAAACAGCAGUAGUAGCAGAUCAACACAUAAUGAAAUGGAAAAGAACAGACGUGCUCAUCUGCGACUGUGUCUGGAGAAGCUGAAAGGGAUGGUGCCACUUGGACCAGAAUCCAGUAGACAUACUACACUGAGUUUACUAACAAAAGCUAAAUUGCACAUAAAGAAGCUUGAAGACUAUGACAGAAAAGCAGUACACCAAAUAGAUCAGUUGCAGCGAGAACAGCGGCACCUGAAAAGGCAGCUGGAGAAACUGGGCAUUGAACGGAUAAGAAUGGAUAGCAUAGGAUCAACUGUUUCUUCUGAAAGGUCUGAUUCAGACAGAGAAGAAAUUGAUGUGGAUGUGGAAAGUACAGACUACCUAACGGGGGACCUGGACUGGAGCAGCAGCAGUCCAAGUGAUUCGGAUGAAAGGGGAAGCUUGCAGAGCGUCUGCAGUGAUGAGGGUUACUCGAGUGCUGGCAUUAAGAGAAUAAAGUUGCAGAACAAUCUCAAGGCCUGCCUCAACCUAUAAGAAGCCAGUGGCUUUCUUUCCAUCCUUGCUGUUUCCUUGUUGGAUCUUAUUAGGUAGUAUGUUGGACCGUCCCACAAUUCUCUUGCACGUAAACUUCUUACACCACCAACAUUACCAAAAUCUGCUUUGCCUAAGUCUGACAACAGUGCAUAGGGUUGUGGGUUACGAGCUACUCUCUGGAGCACACAUCUGAUGGCAUCCACUAGCUUCUCUUUUCUGUUGGUAAACUCAUCUCUAUGAGACUGAACAUUCCAACCAAAUUCCUAAGCGCCCAAUAAUAUUGUUGCAGUAAUAGCAACAUACACACUUUGCCUGUGCUGCUAUUGCUUAGUGUUCUAGUUGUACCUUAUGCUGGGGGUGGGGUGGGGUGGGCUGUACUAUAAGGUGUUUGAACAAGAAUAGCCAGACUAGCCAUUACUCCUCAAAUGAGACCUCGAAAGACACAAAUCUACUUCCAUGUCAUUCAGAACAGGAACUGGCAUGGCAAAUUAACAAAGCAUUGAUAGGGAAUUAUGCAGUGAGACUUCCCAACCACUGACUCAGCAGUUUUAUUCUGAUGUAUCCCAAGUCACUGCAAUUGUGACAUGGCCAUUUCUGGGACUGUCUUUGUGCCAGUACUGAACCUUUGAAGUCUGAGCCAUCCUUGUCAAAAGUAGCACUAAGUAGGACUGAGUUAGUGACAGGUUACAGACAGAAUAAAACUAGUUUGACAGUAGUAUAGUAUCAACAGAAUCAAGUUGCAGGCUUGUCGUAUAGACAGGGAAAUAUUUCCACUUGUAGCUGAUUACCGUAGUAGAAUGCCUACACUCAAAUCAGUCUCCAUAUCUUUGUUGUCAAAAGACCAAAUGGUACUUCAGAAUACUCCUGUGCAAUCUUUAUGAUAGUGUCUUUACAUUGACAGCUGCAUUUACCUUUUGUUCCUAGCAGCUUUUUCUGGCUGCUAAGUCCUGUUUCUUGUCUCUGGGACAAAUCUUUCUACCUCAGAGAGAUGAACAAAGCUGAUCUCAAUCCCUUUAGCACAAAAAGAAAAAAAGAAUUAUGCCUCAUUUGUAUACUUGGUUCUAGUCCAAUCUGUUUACUUAGAUUUUCAGCAAUAACCGAGUGACAAAGUUAGCUGUGCUAGCUUUGAGUUGUUAAUGACUGAGGAGAGUUAACUGCAGCAAGUCAUUGGAGCCUUCCUGGUAUUCCAGCACUUAAUUGCCUGUUCAAAUUAUUUGGUAGCACUCUGAAAGUGGUUGUCUGUAGAUUUUGGGUUGCCUUUAAAAACUUUUCUGCCCCCUUUUCACCCUAUUUCUGGUGUCUCACCUCUUCAUUUAAGCUAAGUAGAGCACACGCAAAUGUACAUAACAAGUCCUAUAAAUAGUAUUUAUUCAUUUUUAUAUAAGCCUAAUGUAAUAGAUAACCUUCUUAUGAUUUUGUGCUUUUAUAGAUGUUCAGGAAACUUUGUAUGUCAAGGUCUACUAACCAAGAGCAUUUCUUAGUUGUCCUCUACUUGCUUGUUGAUGUUAGUAUUAUGCCCACUUGGCCACCUCCCGGUAAUUUUUAACAUUCUCACUUGGUUCUCCAUGUGCAGCCAGAUGUCCCCCCUCCGCCCCCCGCCCCAGCAAUCAGAGGAUACUCGAGAUCUGGUUAAGCAACUUCACUUCACUCUAAAAGGGCUAUAUAGCUUAUUUAGCUUAAAAAAUGUCAUUCAUGCUUGCUAGCAGGCUGUCACCCAAACUGCCAAAAUCCACAAAGACACUCUGUCGAAGUUCCAAAUAAGAAACUUACAAAUGAAAUUUGAUUUCUUCAAGAAGCUUGAUGUUUUUCUUUAGAUAAAUUUUCAAGAUGGAAAGUGAGGCUAGUGGAUUGCUAAAGAUCUCCAAGGUGAUUUCUUUUGAGUGUGCUAUGUUAAACACAAAUAACAGCUGGAAUUUUCAGGUGUCCAGCAGAUUUGCACUGAACUCCUAUUUGUUGGAGGCUGCCUUGCUUUUAUAAGCUGGCUUCAAAUAUAAGCAAAGGCCCUUCAGAGAGCAAGCUCCCAACCUUUAAAGAAGUUGAGCGGCUGCCCUUUGAGGUCCUUUGCUCCAACCCGUUUCUUGCCUGAGACUUUUUGAGCUUCUAUAUUUGUUAAUGUGUUGCAUACAACUGCCUCACACCCGACUCUAAAGUUGCUGCCGCUUUAAGGCUGAAAGUAAUUUCAGGUGUUGGGGUCUGUAUUGUUGAGGCAAAUAUGAAAAUACAUUUGUGUACUUUUCUUUAGAAGUAAUGUCUUAAGAAUUUAACCUAAUGGAUUUUAAUUGUUGUGCCUUUUUCAGUUAAUUAUAAAGAGGCGCAAUCUACUUCAGGAAUCUUCUGGGCAGGGCCUGCUCCCUCCAAAUGAGUGCAAGUAGUAGAGAAGCACAUUCAUGCUUUUAUUCAGCUGCUUUCAUUUGAAGCACUUUGGCCAGGAGGAAUCCUUAGUGGAUUGUGUCAAUUCCUUUUUUAAGUACAACAUUGUGGUGAGAAUUCUUUUGUCCCUAUUGUGAACCAGUAAUUGAUCUUUGCACUGUCUAAAUUUGGUCCUUUCAAAAUUUUGGGUGACACAAAAAAAAAUAUUGACCUUUUGCAAAUGAUGCACUAUUGUUGAAAAUAAGCCUAAGGAGUUGUUUAGUGUUUCAAAAACAUCUAGGCAGAUAAAUCAAAUUGUCCUGUGAGCUCCAGGGCCACUUUUUAAAUGUCUUGGCUAGGACUGACCUCGGCAGCUCCAAACUUCUGUGGUCCUAUUUGCUACUUGCCCAGCCCAUCCCCCAGGCAGCUACAUCCACUUCAAGGCUGGAAAAAUAAGCCCAGUUUUCAUGGGUCUGAGUAAUGUGUUUGCUUCCAUGCUGCUUGAGUGAUGUGUAAAAUUUCUUUCCAUAUGGAGAGGUCGUGCAACUUACUAGGGGUCACAGUUAUCUCAUGUAAACACAAAAGCAGAAGUUUCAUGCACUUGGAGUUGUAUGGAAGCAAUAAUGUCAUUUGGUCAGUGUGUAAAUUGGGCCAUAGAAACAUAACAUUCUGGUUCAGCUAGCCUUUUCUCGAUUUCACUGAUCCACCAGCAUUAUUAUUCAAUAAGCUGCAGAAAAUUAGAUUUUUGUAGAUUGUCAUGGGUUGCUUCUGUUUACAGCAGGAAGCAGCAUAGGAAUCCAAAUACAAAAAUAUAGGGUGUUCAAGUUACACUAACUUCUGCUGCAUUUGGAAUCUUCCAGUGCAAUAGUGAAUCUGGGGCGUGUUUGACUGGAAAAGAAAUCCAAAGCUUUAGCUCAUGUUAAUCUGAAGUAACUCUGGGUAUCAGGGUGACAGUUUGAAGUAUCCUAAAAUAUUAACAGUUUCUAACUGUGUCUUCAGUUGCUAGAAAGUACUUCCUCCGGUAGGAGGGGAGCAGUUUUCAGAUUCUCCUUUCCACUUCAUCCCUAUGCAAUUCCCAAAAGACCAUGGUGGGGUGCAGUGAAAGGGGAGAUGGUAGAAAACUCCCUUCCAGGAAUGUUGCGGUACUUUUGUAGCAUUGAAUCCCCAGUCGUUGUCUGUACCUGAUAAACCUUUUUCUCCUGAGUGUUGAACACACAGAAUUUUUUAAAAAUAAAGCCAAGUUUUUCAGGUGCUGAUAAAAACACAAUUAGGAAUUUUUCCCAGGGUUGGUGCAUAUACCUGUUUUGGAUUCAAAUUGUUUGAAAUUGUCAUAUUAGGUGCCAUGAACAUUUCCACCCUCCUGAUUCCAGAGCUCUCGGCAUAUGCAGGCUGUGUUCUGCCAACUGCCAUUUUUUAGCACUUUGUUCUCACAAUGUGGCACUUCUCUCCUGCCCCUGAUCCCAACAUUUGAAUCUCAAUAGAGCUUACAAACAUAGCUACACAGAGGGAGCUCUGUGUUCUCUUAUGGAGGAGUGGGUAGGAGAUAAGAUUAUUUAAGUGCUCACUGCCGAAUUUGAGUAAACUGAGGCAUUUGGUGUACUGUCUAGCAAUAUGUCAGGAAGACUUGCUGUCCUCCUUUUGCCCCCUCUGUAACAAAUUUCAGGUUUUGACACUUACUGUAUUGGACAAACUGCUUUUGAUACCCAGCUAUGUGCUUGCUCCCCUGAAGAUGUAUUGUGUUGCUUCCUCUCUUGCUGCUUUGAUCUGAGAGAGAAUUUUUGCUUUCUGUGUUAGUACAAGUGAUUUGGUUCUUGUGCGUUAUGGCCACCUAAAGCUCUUCGAACACCUCCGUGAAUCAGUGAUGCAUUUGCUUUGGAGGGAAAGCUGCCCAUAAUUGCUUAACAAACAAGUGUUUUCCACAUUCCAAAGUCUAUAUACCAAGAUUGGCUUUACAAACUUGCUUGUUUUACUGUUAAGGGUCUGGUUGAACAGCACUUAAAGCCAGCUUGUUCCUGGCUGCCAUCUGCUUGCUCGGUCGUAGCAUGCUUGCCGAAACUCAGCCGUUCCCUUCUGAAGUGCCCAAAGAUUUGACUGACUUGGUAGCCUGGCUUUGACUUUAAUUUUGUGCUGUUCUUUCUGAUUGACCUGGUAACUUCCCUCGCUCCUCAAAUAGGUGCUCUUAGUGACAUUUGCUUGUUUUGAACUCUUGGCUUUUUAGUUUUGGAGUCUUCCAAAUAAAACGCAGUCUAAAAGGGGAGCAGCGGGCAGGGAGAAACAGGAAUCUGGUUUCCAGAUAUUCAGUUCCUAAUGUAAAUAUGUCAUUACAAAUCCUGUGUCAAGACCAUAUAAUGGUGCUUUUUACUACAGUUAGCACAUGCAUUUUUAGAAAUUACAUGUUUUAGAAGACCUUGCUGUGUAUAUGUAUACUUCUGUAUUGUUCAACUGUUAGAAAAUAAAUUAUUUCAUUACUAAAA